AAGCCAAUCUCUAUAAAUAGAAAGCAAAAGGGAAGUGCUAGAAGACGCAGAAACCAAAAAGCAACAAAAAAAUGGAUUUCAGAAGAAUAUCGUUGGUGUUGUAUAUUCUCUUCAUCUUUCAUCUUCAGGACAACUUGCUUUUCGUGAGUUCACGACCUCCCUCAGUUGAUACGAACCACGAGACUCUUCCUCUUAAUCCCUCAGUGACGGAUGAUGUUGUUGGGUUUGAAGGAAAGACUCGUGAGCUAGCUGUCGUUAUCAAAAAAUCAUUUGGUGGAGGAGGACGUGGCGGCGGCAGUGGCAGCAGGGGAAUAGGAGGCGGAGCUCGAAGCCGAUCACGUGGCGGGGCAGGUGUGAUUUAUCCGGCAGGAUCGCAUUCUCAUCGUUCAAGCGGUAGCAUGAACCUUCGAGGGCCAGUGUGUGCAGUCGGCUGGUUGUGUUUCUCGGUGUUAUCCGGUUUAUUCUUGAUUUAGUCUGAACUUGAUAUAUGUACGUAGUUCUAGAUGGCACUAUGGCGUAUGUAAAGUGUGGAUCGUAUUCAAUUAGAAGAAUUGUUUUCACCAGUUGCUUACGCCACAAGAACAAUAUUUAUUGAAAUUCGUAAAAGCAAAAGUUAAGUCCA